AUGAAUCAAGCCGGCAGUAUGCCACGACGAAUUCGAAGCACUAGAGAACAAUUCGACCGAGUAUUUCAAGGCACCAGCGCUGAACCAUCACGCUCAACCACAUGUGCCGAAUAUGUCAAUGACAAUAUGGGUUUUGCUGUUUCAAAACUCUAUAUUAAACAGUAUUUCGAUGAAAAUGCUCGCAAUCAGUCAGUCGAAAUGAUUGGCAAUAUUCGAAGUGCAAUGAAAAAAAUGCUUCAGGAUGCUCCUUGGAUGGAUGAUGAUUCGAGAAGCGCGGCUGCUGAUGCAAUUUACGAGAAUAUCGGCUAUCCCACCUAUUUAGCCAGUGAUAAUAACACAAUACUCGAGAAUAUGUAUGCCGAGUAUAACUUCGGUAUGUCAUACCUUCACAAUGUUCUUAUAAUGCAACAAGUCAAAGCAAGAGAAGAUUUCCGAACCCUUCGCGAACCCGUCGAUCACCGAGCAUGGGGCAGUCUUGCUCCCACUGUUGUAAAUGCCUUCUAUGAACCGUCAACAAAUGCCAUUUGUAAUGUUUGA